UCCCCGCCCGGCCCGGCGGCCGCCCGACAGGUGAGCGCGAGCCAGGUAUGGCGCUGACAGUGGAUGUGGUGGGCCCGGCGCCCUGGGGCUUCCGAAUCACCGGGGGCAGGGAUUUCCACACGCCUAUUAGGGUGACCAAGGUCACUGAGCGGGGCAAGGCAGAGGCUGCUGACCUCCGACCUGGUGACGUUAUCGUGGCCAUCAAUGGGGAGAGUGCGGAGGGCAUGCUCCACGCGGAGGCCCAGAGCAAGAUCCGACAGAGUCCGUCGCCGCUGCGGCUGCUGCUGGACCGGUCUAGGGCUGUUUCUCCUGGCCAGACCAACGGAGAGAGCUCCGUGGAAGUGCUGGCAACUCGCUUCCAGAGCUCCGUGAGGACACAUACUAACAGCCAGUCCUCCCUGAGGUCUUCCUGCUCCAGCCCCGCUUCCCUCAGCCCCCGGCCAGGCAGCCCCUUCUCCACCCUGCCCCCCACCAGCCCGCAUACCCUCCCUGGAGAGGCGCUGACCAGCCGCAGUUUCCAGACUCUGGCCCAUUCCCCGGGACCUGCUGCUGACCACUUGUGCUAUGAGGGCCGCCCCGGAAGCCGACAGUCGACUGGAGUCAUGGCCUGGCUGCUGGCUCCUGAGAUGGCUGAGGCAGCACUGAGCCCAAGACACAGGACACCUCCAGCCCUUCUGGAAACUGAAAGUUGCCCCCUUCAGGCCGGCAGGGGCCGCGCUGGCGACUCAGCGGUGCUGGUGCUGCCUCCUUCCCGAUCCGUCAGCCCCAGACUCAGUGUGGACCUCCUGGGAGAGGACUCAGAAGUCUUCAAGAUGCUGCAGGAAAAUCGUGAAGGGCGGGCACCACCCCGCCAGUCCAGCUCCUUUCGACUCUUACAGGAAGCCCUGGAAGCUGAGGAAAGAGGUGGCACGCCAGCCUCCCUGCCCAGCUCGCUGAGCCCCCAGUCCUCCCUGCCCACCUCCAGGGCCCUGGCCACCCCACCCAAGCUCCACACGUGUGAGAAAUGCAGCACCAGCAUUGCGAACCAGGCGGUGCGCAUCCAGGAGGGGCGGUAUCGCCAUCCCAGCUGCUACACCUGCGCAGACUGUGGGCUGAACCUGAAGAUGCGGGGGCACUUCUGGGUGGGGGACGAGCUGUACUGCGAGAAGCACGCCCGCCAGCGCUACUCGGUCUCCCCCACGCUUGGCCCGCAGGCCUGAGCCGGUGCUGUGGCUCCUCGGUGCCAGGGCAUGCCUAGCAGUGGGCAUGGAAGGGCAAGGGUGGUGGUGGGGGGCCUCUUCCCCCUCACUGGGUGAGGCUGGAGGCGGGCACCUGUCAUGAGUAUGGAUACCAAGGGCAGCCUCACCUUCCCAGCCUCUGCUGGAGGCUCCUGCCCCUUGCAGCACAGGUGCUGCGCCAGAGUGGGAGGAGGGUGCCCCCAUUGGGUCUUUGUGCAACAGGGUGAAGCACUUGGGAUAUGGAGGAGAGGGUGGGCCAGAGGCCCAGUCAAUGUAUUCACUGUGUAAAGUUUUUGACAUAAAUAUAUCU